AUGACGGACCGGACCAUUUAUGAUGCACUCCCCAAGCUUCCGGGGUUUAGUUUCCCUGAGCUUAACCCACCCCCAACUAAUGGGAUCCCGCAGUUAUGCACCAUACGAAAAGGCAUAAGAACAGUUUUCGACCCCAGUGGGUCCAGCAAAAGGAGCGAGAAGCAGGGAGGUGAUGGUUGCGGUGGGCUUCAGCCCGCGCAGAUAUUUGCCAAGUUUCCGGAUUGGAAGUCACUGGACGAUAAGGCUCUACGUUUCUUUGGAUAUUACGUGGAGCGUGUGGACGAGAGCUCGAUAGAGAAAAUGCGCGUGCGAAAGGUCAAGAUGUAUCUCCAUCUCUCGGAUGGGUCCAUCAGUGUAUAUGAAACACCGGCCGUUGUGAACAGCGGCCUCCGUCGCGGACUGACAGUCUCUCGUACCAUAAUUGAUGGUGUCGGUGUUCGUUCCCUGUUCGUAGGCUCUGUGGUCAACAUACGAGGUUUGCAAUAUCACAUCGUGGACUGCGACGGCGCCACACGUGAAUUCUGCGAGGCGAUGGGCAUACCGCAGGCGGAGCCCCUUGACUAUCCGAGUGACACCUUCGAGCAGAGUGUUUUGGUGCAAAGGAACCCUAAGGAUGAGCUGCAUGUGGACCUACGGCACAAUGUGGAAGUCAUGGCUGCCACCGCGGCGGGAACUCACGUAUCACUCCUUACACCGGAGGAGCGGGAGACCGCUCGAAACUUCUUUGAACACGACCGGGAAGUGUUGCGCUUUGCUGCAACUUGGGAGCAGAGGGCUUUCAAACUUCUGUACUAUAUCGCGGAUAAGACCAUGUCUGUCAUGGUGGAGAGUGUCCGCAACGACGGUCGUGACCCGAACCCUGUGUUCAUUCGCCGCACAAAAAUACCCAAGUACCCCGUUACUAGAGUAAAGGAGACAGAGACACUGAACGUCCCGCUCACACGACCAGUUGAGUACAUUACGGAAGAUGAUUUGCAAACAGGACAGACGAUCAACUUAAUGACUAGAGAGUUUUAUAUAUAUGAUUGCGAUAAGUUCACGCGAGAUUACUACGCAGCAAAAGGUGUUGGUCAGCCAUCCUUUCCAAAGCCCAAAACGGAGUCGGACAGCCUUAUGCCCACCGUCAAACCGUCGAAGCAGCCAACAAAACCAACAGCACGGAAAGAAGCGCGUGGAGUCUCCACCAUGACCUUUGAAGAUACAGUGGUAGAAAAAGAUCGUCUCAAACUCAUUCAUUACUGCAACGACGUGUUUCGCUUCGCGGCUCGCCUUGUCAGCGAUCGUUACGAAGACGAAGGUCGAAAGUUUCUCUUUUGCUAUUACCUGGCAGAUGACACUGUGGGGAUGUAUGAAAUCCCUGUUCACAACAGCGGCCACCUCGGCGGCAAGUGCUUUGCCCGUUCCCCCGUCGCUGAAAUCCCCGAGCCCAGCAAGUUAUAUGUGGGUGCGAAGGUCAAACUGGCGGGUGCGGAAUACGAGUUGAUCGAUAUGGAUGAGCGCACAAAGCGCUACAUUGAAAUGGGCUUCCCUCACAUGGAUGAAUCGUACUUUUCCACACAGGAACUUAUUGGGCACGUGAAGAACGUCAUCUUUCAGCGGUUCUCGAACGUCACUGACGCCUUUCGCCACUUCAAAUCGAGGGAAGAAGGACUAACUGGUGAGGAUCUUAAACGGUUGUUUUUAGAGUGCGGCAGACGGUUGGAUGCCGCCGAGUUCGACCGCGUGAUGGCGAGUGUGGAUAAGGAUAAUGAUCAAAUAAUUUCCAUGACAGAGUUUUGUGAGAAUCUCCUCUGCCAGCAGUUCCUCUCGGACUUCUCCCAAACUAAAGAUAACGGUCUCCCCAACGUUAGUGGGCCCCUUCGAUCGCAACAAGACCUUGAAGCGUACAAGAAUCGGGAGAAGGAAGCGCAUGAGGCACUGAGGAACCUCAUCUCGUGCGUCGAGGCACGUCGAACACUUCUCAUCCGCGCAUUUCAGCAAGAAGCAAACGCCAGUUAUGAUGGCAACCUUGCCAUGGAAGAUUUCAAAAGGGCUCUGACUGAACGAAUGGGGUUGACGUUCACCGAUAAGCAGAUGGAUUCACUUAUCUUUAAGUUCUACAGUGUCCCGGGGACCACGGAUUGGUCGCGUCGGCGGCUUCCACUGAAAGAAAUAAAACGGCUCAUUAUGUUUUAA